UCCGGAAGAGCAAAAAUGUUGCUUCAUAAUGCAAUACUAUCGGUCAUUGAUGAUACUCUUCUGACACGUUUUGUAUAUAAGCAUACGGCCAGAUAUAAGAUUCGAAUAUUGGAACGGCCGUGUCAUUUGCAUCAUAAUCAUCGUCCAGAAAAUCUAUUUUCCAAUAGAAGCGGCAGGAUGAACAGGCUCCUAUGCGUCAUCCUCGGUCUAAUCAGUCUAACGAAGAUCAUCCAGCCGGGCGACGGAACGCCAGUGUUGCCACAACCACUGAUCUUCUCUGGACUCAGCCUGGACUGGCCAUGCCAGAGCACGAAGAACAUUUACGAGACGAGUGGUCGUUACAUAGCAAGGAACGUGAUAGCCACGAGAGCCCAGAUAUUCGAAGACAAAGCGAUCUUGGCUCUGCCGCGUUACAAACCCGGUGUGCCGUUCACUUUGGGCAUCCUCGAUUUGAAAUCGCAGAACAAUUGCGAACCGAAAGUGGCGCCGUUCCCGUGCUGGGCCAUCCAGGAGGAAGGCAAUUGCCAGGCGUUGCAGAGCGCCGUCGACAUUGUUUUGGACGUGCAAGAUAUUUUAUGGGUCCUCGACGUUGGAAUCGUCAACACUCUCGAGCAACCUGUGCGCAGAUGUCCGCCCAAGGUCGUUGGAGUAAACGCUAAAACAGGGAAGGUUGUAAAAAUAAUCGAUCUGAGCUCCUUGGCGGAUAUAAAUUCUCGUCUCCAAUACAUGGCCGUUGAUUACGCGGAAGAUGGCCAGGUGUAUGUGUACAUAUCUGAUGCCGGUACAGGCGCCAUUAUUGUUUACAACGUGACCACAGACACUGGAUAUCGCGUGGUGCUUCCUGCAGCCGUGGCAGGAUGCACGGACAAACCUGACGCCCUCUACAUAGCACUGGUCAGGAGGGAGAGCUGCGGCCCAGUCCUCUACUUCACCUUCCUUGGAUCCAGCAGAAUGUUCGCGAUUAAGGCAGUGAAUCUGAGAUCCGGAAACGCGAACGGGUCUAUAGUGGACAUCGGUGGGAAGAAAAAUAAGAUCGUGCUUCUAGGCACCGACAAUGCGGCCACUAUUUUCUUCAGGAUCAAAGGUGAUUCGAGUAUUUACAUGUGGAAUACCGACACACCUUUCGUGCAGGACAACUUUUUAUUAGUCCAAAAAGCUGAUGAUUGUCGCCUGCCAACGGAAGUUAUUCCUGGCUACAGUGAUUUGAUGUGGGUGAUCGAGAGCAACUUCCAAGAUUACAUAGACAACAGUGUCAGCUGUUCCGGGACAUCGGUAGCUGUUCAUCCACUAAUGAACUCUAGUUAAUAAUACUAAUAAAAUUAAAAAAAAAAAAUACGAAAGUAACGCCAUUCCACGCUAUAUGUUUCUAAUUAAUUGAUUAUUAGUCUCUUAAGUGUUGCAGGAUAUUAAAAAUCAAAACGUUUUAAUAUUCUAUGAUUCAGAAGUUGUAAAUAACAAACGUGCAAUUGAUUAAAAUCUUAGACAAUAAAAAAUUAUCGUGCAGACUACA